ACUCUCCGAGGAAGCACUUUGGCUCCAUUCAUGAGGCAAAACAUACUCUCCGGGUGAAUGCUGAAGCUCCGGCCAUGAGACCACAACCCCAGUGAGACGAAGGAAAGCCGGUAACGGUCGCAACAAUGGGUGUAGCUCCAAAAGCAAUCCAUGACGUGGACGGCUCUGAAAUGCACAGUGAAGAAGCAGCUGUAGAAAGGUGCGUGAAUCAAUACUCACCACAAAAGCCGCCCACUGCUUUAAUGGAGGGUGAUCUUUCCCAUAGAGGCAUCAUUACUCGUCCAGCUGGGAGAUCAGGAUCCUUAUCGCCAUCUAUUGUCACUCCAAUGCAGCACACCUCUCCAUUAAAUGCGAUGGAGACCAGUGAACAAGCUUUUUUAUCUGCUCAGCCUCUAGACACUUCAAGCACCUUGAACCAGCUACCUAGGCUCCAACUACCUACUGCUACUAUCCAAACAGAGCUUGAGAUGCCUUGUAUGGAUUUUGAAAUGGGCCUCUUACUUUCUGAGCAAAUAGAGACCCAUUUAUCACUGGGAAGGCCGACAAACCGUGGGACAAAACGAAAAACUGAAUUUGGCCCAUUUGAGCAAAUAUUUAAACGGGCUUGUAUUAGAGAUACUGAGGCUUCUGGACUCCAAUGUUCCCCCAAUCAAUUACAACAAGCUUUAGCCCAGGAUAGAUCUGAUUUCCAUGUUCAAGACCAGCUCGAUUUCUUCACGGAUGUUGAUGAGACUAUCACCGUGAGAAAGGUUCGAAGAAGAAUUCAGCAGAAAGCUCUUGCUCGCCAAGUAAGGUUCCAGCCGGAUGCUAGAUAUCUCAUAUUCCAAGAUUUUCAUCCCACGCAACUCUCCUUCAAUGACCCCUCUUUCAUUCUCGUGGCUCCUCUUGUCAACACAUUUCCGGAUCCACAAGGCUAUUCAGGGGGUCUAGCCUUGUGGUGGACAGAUGAAGUUCAUAUCUCAAUUUUCUCCUCCGACAAAAAUAUGGUAGAUGGAAACUGCUCUGAUGCAAACUAUAAUGUUACUUGGCAUUUCUCUUUUAUCUAUGGGGAACCUAAUACCCAACUUCGAAGAACUAUUUGGAGUAGAGUGAUGAAUGUGCGGCACCCUCUAGAAAUUCCCUGGCUGGUAAUGGGGGACCUUAAUCUGGUAGGGGACAACUAUGAUAAAAAAGGAAAACACCCACCCUUGGUCACAGAUAGAAGGUUGUUAGAGGAGUUAACCAGCUCAGCUAUUCCUGUGCUCCCCAAGCGACAAUUUCGUUAUGAGCUCACUUGGCAACAGCAUAAGGAUUAUGAAGGAGUAGUUUCUCAUGGUUGGGCAACAGACCAAUCUGGCCCCCCUCUCUACUGCAUGGCCUCCAAAAUCUCUCAUUGUAAAAAACAUCUGCUCAAUUGGUGCAAGCAUACUAUAGGAAAUCCUCGCCAUGCGAUGGGGCGUUUACAAAAAGAGCUAGAUGAAUUGCAAUUGGAAGAACAGUCAGAAACAAAUUUGACAAGACAACGGCUCCUUGUCGAUGAAAUUAACGUCCUAUGGUCACAGGAAGAAGCAUACUGGUUUCAAAGAGCCCACACCAAUUGGAUGCUCCUUGGCGAUGGGAAUUCCAAGUAUUUUCAUGCCACUGCAUCUCGAAGAAGACAGAAUAAUUAUAUAUUCCAAUUGAAGAAUGAUCAAGGUAUACUGUUGGAAGGUACUGACUCUAUUCUGGCCCAUGCUUAUACUCACUUUCAACAAGCCUAUGCCUCCCAAGAAAAUUGCAAUUUUACCCAGAUUGAGGGGCUUAUCCGACCUUUGGUAACUGCUGAAAUGAAUGUAGAUCUAUGUCGCCAUGUCUCUGAUGAGGAAGUAAAAACUACGGUAUUCCAAAUGGGCGCAUUUAAAGCCCCAGGAGUUGAUGGCUUCCCAGGAUGUUUUUUCCAGAAGCACUGGGAUAUAGUUGGCUCAGACGUUUGCAAGGCGGUGCAGCACUUUUUCACUAAUGGCUUCAUGCUAAGAAAGAUGAAAAAAACCAAACUGAUACUUAUCCUUAAGGUCAAGAAUCCUGAGUUGAUAUCACAAUAUCGACCCAUUUCUCUAUGCAAUUUUACUUACAAAGUUAUUGCAAAAAUACUUGCUAAUUGUCUCAAAGUUUAUCUUGAUGACCUUAUCUCUCCUUUUCAGUCUACUUUUGUUUCGGGGAGAACCAUUCAAGACAACAUUCUAAUUGCACAUGAAGCUUUCCAUGGCUUACAUCUGAAAAAGUCAGGUAAACAUGGUGUUAUUGCAUUAAAAUUAGACAUUCAGAAAGCUUACGAUAAUGUUGACUGGCAUUGCUUGGAAAACAUUAUGAGAGCUCAUGGCUUCUGUGAAAAAUGGAUCCAUAUGGUGAUGCAAUGUGUUUCAACUGUGUCAUAUACUGUGGCUACUUCUGCAAAGAAAAUCAGUGGCUAUAAGAUCAGAAGACGAAGCCCUACUAUUAGCCAUCUUCUCUUUGUAGAUGACUCCCUAAUAUUCUGUCGGGCUACAAUGGAGGAGGUCAACCAAUUACAAACCAUUUUGCAAGUCUAUGGAGAUGUAUCUGGCCAAAGAGUUAAUUUCUCAAAAUCAGUUGCAAUUUUCAGUUCAAACACUCCCUAUGAGGUGUCUGCCAAGAUAUUAAUAAGAUCAUCAGGGAAUUUUGGUGGGGUCAACAAAAUGAUGGAAGGAAAUUAUGCUGGGAAAGGAAGUCAUCCCUCUUGGGCAUGGUCAAGCAUUCUAAAAGGAAGAGACAUUGUUCAAAUCGGAAUGAGAUGGAAUGUUGGGAAUGGUCAAAAUAUCCUGAUUUACCAAGACAACUGGGUCCCCACUUUGCCUAGUUUUAAGGUGAACUCUCCCUCCGAAACUCAUUAUGUGUUCUCUUAUGUAUGUGAGCUACUUGAUGAUAAGGGGGGAUGGGAUAUUGCCAAAUUAAAUGCUAGCUUUAGUAAUCAAGUGAGUAGGGAAAUUCUUAAAAUCCCAACUGGAGCUUGUGUUGACUCUCUUGUGUGGCACCAUGACAAAUAUGCCUUGGGACUUAAUCCUAGGCAACUGAGGGUGAGCUGCUUUAGUGAAUGGUGGAAAUACAUCACUGGUACUGCUAAGCAAAUGGGAAUACUGUCUCUAGUUGAACAAUGUGCUAUUAUAUGUUGGCAUAUAUGGAAGGCAAGAAAUGAGCAAUUUUUUGAACAUGUUGUCCUAAAUCCCCACCAAAUCCUUGCUUGUAUUUCUGCUAUGACCCAAGAAUGCUCCUCUCUCUUGCACACACAGUUGCUGGUUUCCCCUUCUAGAUCACAAGAACAGGGCAAACAACAGCAACCAUCUUGGGUCAAACCUUCUAUGGGCUUCCUCAAAGUCAAUGUGGACGCUUCUUAUUCCUCCCAAACAGGUUUUGCAGCUUUUUCCAUGGUAGCUCGCAACUUUAAAGGUGAAAUAUGUUUCGACAAUUCAUGGCUCUCAGUAGCACUUUCACCUCUUAUGGUAGAGGCUACCGCUCUAUACAAAGCUGUGUAAUAUGUGGAAAGCCUGGGAACUCACAAUGUAUUUUUUGAAUCAGACAAUCAGGCCUUAAUUGCUCACC